GUUUCGGCGCCUAAACCGUUCACCAUGGGUCACAACCAGGUUUGGAACUCGCACCCCAAGAAGUACGGUCCUGGCUCCCGCCAGUGCCGCGUCUGCGGCAACCGUCACGGUCUGAUCCGCAAGUAUGGCAUGAACAUCUGCCGUCAGUGCUUCCAGCUGUACGCCAAGGACAUUGGUUUCGUCAAGGGAUAUGCUGGUGACUCCAUCACCGCGGGCUUUGCCAUGCAAGAUCUUCCCCUCGAGUUUCGUGGAACCGUCUACAGUGCGGGUGGUGAUCCCGAUGCCUUGACCAUUGGCAACUUUCUCAAGCACUACAACCCCAAUCUCAAGGGCCAGGCCACUGGCACAACGAUCCCCCUUACCAAAGAAGGCAAGGGACUGAACUUUGCCGUCUCCGAGGCCCGUGUUCAUGACCUUCCCGGCCAAAUUGAGCGACUGUCCGCCAAACUGAACACGAGCGAGUAUGCUGGCGUUCGCGACGAGUGGAAGCUCCUGGUCCUCUUCAUUGGCGCCAACGACAUUUGCGAAUGCAAGUCAAUGACCGCCGAAGCCUUUGAAACCGAGCUCACGACAGCCAUGGACAUGAUUCAUGCCAACUUUCCCAAAACUUUUGUGAGCAUGAUGACCAUCUUCAACAUUAGUGACGUUUGGGAUGUGCACAGCGACAAAGAAUAUUGUAACGUUGCGGUUCCCAUCCUGCACGAGUGCUCUUGCCUUGAGAACAACCAGACUUCGCUGCAGCGCAUGGACGAACUGGGCAUGCAAAUCAAUCAAGUGACCGCACGUGUGGCCGCCAAAUAUGCCGCCCUCAAUGACCCCCUUUUCACGGCCGUCGUGCAGCCGGCCAUCCAAAAUGUCCCUCUCAACACCUUUCCCAAAGAUGUCGUUCAAGACUUGCUCAGCGAUGUUGAUUGCUUCCAUCCCAGCCUCUGCACUGACCAAGGCUUUGCUGUGGGUGUUUGGAACAACAUGUUCCAAGCUCAAGGCAACAAGAGUACCAGUCUGAAUCCCCUUCACCCCCCUGCCAUUUACUGCCCGCAAGCUGGCGAAUAUCUCCAGUAG